UUUACUUUUACUAUCUCUCCUUUACUUCAUCUCCAGAAAAUAAUAUUCUCCGUUCCAUCUCCAUUUCCGUCUCCAUCACCAACCACUCUUCUCUUCCCGCUCCUACGCCUCCAGUGAAUAUUGAUAGACGUGGAGCCGUGGAGGUGAAUUGAGGUGGAAAGAAGAGAGUUAAAGAGGAAUAAGAAGAAAAGAAGAAAAGAAGAAAAGAUAGAAAGUGAUAUAAAAAAGAGUUUUUAUUUAUUUAUUUAUUAUUAUAAGCAAAUUUCAUUGACAAGAGCAAUGAUUUGAGGCACAAGAUGUGCUCAAGCCCCAUGUUAGAGAGAGAUGAAAAAAGAAAAGGAGUUUAUGAGAAUCCAUGUGACUACUCCAAUGGCAAAUGGGUCCGUACAAAAAGAGGCCCUUUGUACAAUGGAACCACCUGUGUUAAGAUGAAAAAAAAUCAAAACUGCAUCGCCAAUGGAAGGCCUGAUUCGGGGUUCCUUUAUUGGAAAUGGAAACCAAGUGAAUGCCAUCUUCCAAGGUUUGACCCCAACACUUUUCUCCAAUUCAUAAGUAACAAACAUGUAGCUUUUGUUGGAGACUCUAUAUCAAGGAACCACCUAGAGUCCCUUCUUUGCAUGUUAGCCACCGUCACAAAACCAAACCGUGUCCGACACCAAGGUUCUCGUCGGUGGCAUUUUCCUUCUCACAACGCUAUCUUGUCCUUCUAUUGGUCCCCAUUUCUUGUACAAGGUAUCCCAAGAAAAAACCCGGGACCACAUUAUAAUACAGUGUUUUUGGAUCGUGUUAAUUUGAGGUGGGCAAGGGAUAUGGAUCAAAUGGACAUGAUCGUGUUGUCCUUUGGGCAUUGGUUUAAUGUUCCUUCAGUUUUCUACGAGGGUGAUGAUAAAGUCUUAGGAUGCCAUAACCAUCCUGUUACUAAUUGCACUACCGAGAUUGGUUUUUAUGGUCCAAUAAGAAGGGCUUUAAGGAUUGCUCUUAAUAGCAUAAUUGAGAGGAAGGUAAGUAAAGGAAAUGGAGUUGAUGUAAUUGUGAGAACAUACUCUCCUUCUCAUUUUGAAGGUGAUUGGGAUACGGGGGGUACUUGUGCAAAGACUAAUCCUUAUGGAGUAGGGCAGAGGCAACUUGAAGGAGAAAAUGCUGUAAUCAGAAGGAUUCAGUUGGAAGAAGUGGAAAAUGCUAAGGUGAAAGCAAAACAAUUUAGAGGGUUUAGGUUGGAGGUACUUGAUGUAACAAAAUUAGCAUUGUUAAGACCAGAUGGCCAUCCUGGUGCUUAUAUGAAUCCUUUCCCAUUUGCUAAUGGGGUUAAUCCAAAGAAGCCUGUGCAGAAUGAUUGUGUUCAUUGGUGCUUGCCGGGGCCUAUAGACACAUGGAGUGGGAUUUUUUUGGAGAUGAUGAAAAACAUGGCACGAGCAGCAUAGGAGAGAAGAGUGAAGCAUUACUCAUUUUUCUUGUUAAUUCAUUGCAUUGAUUUUUCCGCCAUACAGGUGAUGUGUUGCAUUAGAAACUAGAAAGAGUAUUUUGUUUUUCUCUUUGACAGCAAACAACAACUUUAGAGUUUGUAAUUAGAUUCGUGGUGGGAGUAAUGAGAAUUACAGUCAAACUUAAUUUUGUAAAAAUAAAGAUGUUUGGUUAUUAUUCGGUAAAAAUGAAUUUGUUUCAAAACCUUAGUUUGAUUUGAAAGGGAUUGAAGUAUGCAUUGAGUUGGAAAGUUUACAAUAAGUUUUAUAGCAAAUUUUCUUCCAAGAUUAAAGCUUUCAGACAUAAAACACGUACUAUCAAUUUAUAAAUCAAUUUCAUUCAAAAUAAAUUUUGCAAACACUUAUAUAGGAAAGGAUUGUAUCAAGUGAUCAGAUAUCAUAAAUGAAAGAAGGAAAAUAAAAAUUACCGUAGCUUUUCAGGGUAUAUAAGCCCAUUUACUUUGCCUUUUGUAAUCAAGGCAUUGGGUGGGUAGUUCAUGGUUUGGUGGAAAAAUUAACUCCACCACCGACAAAGAAAAUUGAGGUUCGGACUUCGGAUAUGCAUGUGUGUAUCCCUUUGUGUGAGAAAAAUGAAGCCACCGAAAGUAGAAGAAAGAAAACCAUCGUGACUGAUCAGAAAAUUGAGACCAGUGGUGCGGUAAAGAUUAAAAAAAAAAUGCUCUACUAUCAGAUCUGUUAUCCAGUGAGUUUUAUCUUGGUAUCAAUUUAUCUGUAUUUUGGGCUCUUUCUACUGUCUGUAGAUACCUAUUUGGGUUUAUUGCAUUGAGGCAGAGCACCGGAAGCGAAGACGAGGUCCCAAGGUCAAAACCUGUUCUGAAGUUGUCCAACAGAUAUAUAAGCUGUACUCCAAGGAUUGAGACAGCCGAUGUGGGACUUGGAUAUUUCCCAAUAAGCUCUAGGAGAACUUGUGGCAAACCCAGUAAUUAUUAUUAGUGAAAGAUUUUAUUUGUUAUCUUUCCCCAAUAAUUAGCUACUCAGCAUGUUACAAGUUAAAUUUUUUUAGUUUC